AUGGCCGUCAACACAAAACACAGGCCUUGCUUGCCUGACCUUGUUAUCGACCAAAUUCUCCGAAGUCUCCCCACCAAAGCUGCAGUCCGCAUGAGCUUUCUUUCCAAGCAAUGGGAAGGUGUCUGGUCUCUCCUUCCCUCACUAGAUUUCGACGAGGGCGGCAACCCUGACCAUUAUUAUCGCCACAACCACGUCGUUGACACCGAAAACUUGCUUCGACAUAAAAGUCUCAAAUCCCUGGAGGUUAAGCAUUGCACGGCUAAGAAUGUUAUGGUUCAUGAAGCUGUGAAUCUUGAGUCUUUUACCUUCGUUUCUGCACAUUUCCCGCUCGAUUCAAUUGUCCUGAAUCAAUCGGAUAACUUGAAAUACAUCAACAUUCAUGCUCAGCACUUGCAAACGAUUUCUUUAAUUGGAUGCCAUGAAAGUGUGAAGGCCACAAUCGAUACUCCAAAUCUUUUGUCUUUACAAUUCAAUGGUUAUGUGAGCUACUCCAAAGUUUGUGUGAAAGCUCCAAAUUUAAGAGCGGCCAGCAUUGCACUGUGGGACGUUUGGGACGAAGAGCUAUGCACCAUCGACGGUCCGUGGAAACAUUUUCCUGCGCUGAGAGAUUUUCUUAAAGAAUUUGGUUUCCUCGAAAGUUUGCUUCUCUCUGUUCCUAAUUUUAAGGCUCUCAUCUUUCCAGAGAACUUCAGAAAGACUUUCUCUUCACCUCUGCCUAAUCUAAGAAAUUUUUCCAUCCUUUUGUCGAAUCCUCCAACAGAAGCCACAGAUAUGUAUGGCUUAAGAGAAUCCUUCGGUUGGAUUGCACCUUCUGCAAACGUUAUCAUGUUCAAGGCCGGCCCUGGCAUAGUGCUAGUGGCGCAACUGCACAUGGUUCUUGAUUUUUGA